UUCUCAUAUUCUGCAAACAUCUAAUUAUUUUCUGUAAAAAUAAAAGCUUUAAAUAAACCGUUUAGAGAUGGUUUCAAUUUUGGCGAUUUCUAUUGAGAUAGCGGCCUUAUGAAGAUCACCCCAGUCCCUAGUAACCACAACAAAAUAAGUAUCUGAACUUUAGCAUCCAUGACGCAAUCUUGAAAUGAGCGUACUUUUCCACUGUCGAAGUGAUCAAUGAAUUCCAUCAAUUCACUAUUCUGUAAUCAGUCCGCUAUUGACUUUGCUUGUGGUAACAUUAUAGACCGCGUUGUGUUUAUUUCAAAGAGAUGUCAUCACAGAGACAACAUUCAUCGAAAGAGAUCUUCGCUUUAGAAGACAAACAUGGCUGCCGGAACUACGCACCACUUCCUGUUGCAUUGUCACGUGGUCGAGGUGCAUUUGUAUGGGAUGUUGAGGGAAAGAAAUAUUUUGAUUUCUUGAGCGCUUACUCGGCUGUGAACCAGGGACAUUGUCACCCCAGAAUUAUCGAGGUUUUAAAAAAGCAGGCAGACGUACUGACUCUAGUAUCUAGAGCAUUCUACUCGGAUAAGCUAGGUGAGUUCGAACAGUUUAUGACGACGUUGUUCGGUUUCGACCGUCUCCUGCCGAUGAAUACAGGCGUGGAGGGAGGAGAGAGUGCAUGUAAGAUUGCCAGAAAGUGGGGGUAUGACGUCAAGAAAAUACCAAAGGAUCAAGCAAAGAUAAUAUUUGCUGAAGGAAAUUUUUGGGGCAGGACAUUAUCUGCCGUGUCGUCAUCAUCAGAUCCCACGUGUUACGAAGGUUUUGGUCCGUACAUGCCUUGCUUCAGCCUUGUGCCUUACAACAAUAUUCCCGCAUUAGAGAAAGCACUGCAAGACCCAACGGUAGCUGCAUUCAUGGUAGAACCAAUACAGGGUGAAGCUGGUGUAAUCAUUCCAGACGAUGGUUACUUGAAGAAAGUUCGAGAACUCUGCACGAAGUACAACGUGCUGUGGAUUGCGGAUGAAGUCCAAACUGGCCUGGGUCGUACGGGUAAAUUAUUGGCCGUGGAAUGGGAAGGCGUGAAGCCUGACAUACUGAUACUGGGCAAGGCACUCAGCGGCGGAGUUAUGCCAGUGUCUGCUGUGAUGGCAAAUAAUAAUGUUAUGGACGUUAUUACGCCAGGCACACACGGUUCAACCUACGGCGGCAAUCCUUUAGCGUGUGCGGUGUCUACUGAAGCUAUUAAAGUACUAUUAGAAGAGAAGUUAGUAGAGAAUGCAGCUAAAUUGGAGUCUGUGUUCAGAGCCGAGUUGGAGAAAAUUCCCAAGAAUAUGAUCACAUGUAUUCGUGGUAGAGGACUUAUGUUCGCUAUCGAUGUGCACGAAAGUAUUCCCGCAUACGAUGUAUGUUCAAGGCUAAAGGAAGCAGGUCUACUGGCGAAGACUACACAUGGACAGACCAUCCGACUCGCCCCUCCACUCGUGAUAUCAGAACAACAACUGAUAGACGGCACCAGGAUCAUUCAACAAGUUCUCCAACAAUUUAAGAAAUAGUUUUCGUGAGACACUAACGAUACUCGUGGACUUGGUAUUUGGCGAUCAUGAUAUAUGAAGAAAAAUCUUAGAUAAUUUUUACAUCUAGAUAGGGCUUCUUGCUGCUAGACAACCGAUGAAUACAGGCCAGGUUUAUUACUUAAGUGUGCGUGACAAGCUUCGUCUUACACUCGCCAUUUGUAUGUCACUUUGUGUUAGUGUGCGUGCAUUGCUGAAAAUAAAAGUUAACUGUCAACCCAAAUUAUUUUCGACGUUUUCACUCCUGUCACAGUCUAUCUAGACGUAAAUAUAAUCUAAGAGAGAAAUAUUAUAUUAACCAUUGACUACGCAGUAAACUUAAUUAAAGUUUAGUUAAGAAAUUGAUGUUAACCGUGGCCCGCGGAGGUAGCCGAGGUACACAUGGACCUGCCGGUGAAUAUAGCCUAAACGCCGCUAAACAGCUUAAACAGUGCUUGGAUUACACACGUGCCUUUGAAACUAUUAACACUCCUCUUUUAAUUGCGAAAAUGACCUAUUAUGGAUGUGAUGCCAAAACAAACAAAUGUUUCACUAGAUAUUUAUCGGAUUAAUUACAAUAAGUUUAAAUGAAAAGAAAAUGCUUCUUAGUACUUCUAUCUUUUCUCCUGUAAACCAGGGGUACCACAGGGAUCGAUUUUAGGGUCUACUAUUAAUUCAAACCUAUUGUUAUUUUAUUUGUAUGAAAACUUUCGCCGAUUACUUACCGAUGUUAUGUUCCUUAAAUAGAUAUGUGUAUUACUAA